AUGCUGCUGACUAACCCAGACCGGAGGUAUUAUGACGGGUUUAAGGUAGGGUAUGCGGAGCUUGCACCAAACCUGGGCUCGGUGACGGAAGGGGCAGUAUGUGGAGGGAUCUUACGGAAAGUGACGGAUGCAGUGGCGUCGUUUUCGACGCAACUGCUUAACUACUUCCACGAGCAGGAGCGCAGCCUGCCGGUGAUUAUCGAGAGUUUGUAUGACCCGGAAGACAUGUAUUCGGCAAGCAUCGAGCGGCGAAUAAUGCGUGCGAUCUGGAAGUGCGGGCGCAAGGACGAGAGCAUGGUGAUGCUGCUGCGGGCCGUGGAGGACAGCCCGUCGUGCAAGCAGUGGACGUGCCGGAAUUUGAGACGGCUCGAACGCGUGGCGAUGCCGCUGUGGAGAAGACGGUACAACAACGCGAGGGGUGCCGUGAUCGCCAAGUUUAAGCAGAGGAAACGAUCGUGGGAACGGUCUGCGGCUUCCACAGAUAUGGUGUUCGGGUCCAGUCUGCAUCGGCUGAAUUUGGGCAGCGCAACGGCGAGGUCGAGAAUGGGGCCCAUGCCGGGGAUCCAGAGCCACCUGGCCGAGCCGCGGUCGUAUGGGUCUUCGUCAUCGACCGAUAACAAGUUUCCAACUGGUCACGGUACGUAA